UCCUGCCUCUUGUCCCAAUGUAGGGGCGCGCGCAGCGACCUUCGUCAACGACCUCAGCUUUGUUGCACUUGUUUCUGAACCACAAUCAUCGUCACACCAUCCACGGCUAUAACACACAACAGCUUCUGGAAGAUCUCUUACUCUCUCUCCUUCUCUCUCGCUCUCAGCAUCGCCGACAUGGACCACUUGUCCCUACCACGCAUUCUUUGCCUUCACGGCGGCGGGGUGAAUGGAAUCACUUUUCAAAUGCAAGCUAGGGCUCUGCAAGCGAAAUUGGCGCCUUAUUUCCGUUUUGUAUGGGCCGACGGACCCUUCCAAUGCCCACCCCACCCCGAUAUCGUCCCUGUCUAUGGUCACCUUCGGCCUUUCUAUCGUUGGGGCCGAUGGCAGGACGCGCAGGAAGAAGUUUCCGACGAAGUUGUCAUUGCAAAUAUCGGACUGAGUUUGCGGCGUGCCAUGUUGCUUGAUGAUGAGGAGGGCGCAACCGGACCAUGGAUCGGUUUGAUGGGGUUCAGUCAAGGCGCGAAGGUGGCUGCAAGCCUCUUAUUGGAGCAACAGACACGACUCAAGGCGGAAGCUACGCAUUUGCUUCCCAAAGGUCGUCUUGGUCCAGGGCCCAUUGGAAUCGACGGGUUGGAAUGGAAGUUCGGAAUCCUGCUUGCCGGGCGCGCACCACCUUCGAUAAUGAACCCGAUGGUCCAGAAACCCAGUCCUGCACUUAGCAGGGCAGGCGCGCUCACGACGGAAUUCGAGUUUCCGGAGAGGGUUGAAGAGGAAGCCAUCUUGAAGAUACCGACGGUCCAUAUGCACGGCCUAUCGGAUCCGGGUCUCGAGUGGCACCGAAAACUGGCAAACGAUUAUUGCGAAGAGUCCACGCGGAGGGUUGUGGAACUCAACAUUGGUCAUAGGUUGCCAUUUAAAUCUGACGACGUGGACAAGCUUUACGAUGCGAUCCGUGACGUUCUCAUGAUCAGCGACCUGAGUUAUGAGCAUUGCCUUCUCAGUUGAACAUCUUUUGUACGGAAGGGGUUUGGGUUUCUUUAGCUAGACAUAGACUUUUAGAUCAGCAUUGACAGUGUCUAAACAGCCUUUGUAUAAAACUUGCCGUUC